AUGGGCCCCCCAUUUUCGAUUGCCAGUAAUGAUUUACUGUCCCGCCCAAAUCAAGGUUCCAUACCAGGAACCAGUUUGAGCUCAAACAAUCCCAGCACAACAGGAUUUGGACAGUGGAACAACAAAAAACCAGCUGUAAACUAUACAAAAGGCGUUUGCGGACUAGGAAACUUGGGAAAUACUUGCUUUAUGAACUCUGCUAUUCAAUGCCUGAGUAAUACACCACAGCUCACCGAAUGGUUCUUGGCUGGAAAAUAUAAAAAGGACCUCAACUGUGAUAAUCCUUUGGGGAUGAAAGGAGAGGUAGCGGAAGCAUAUGGUGCUCUUGUAGAUAAAUUGUGGAGUGGCAUGUUUCCCAGUGUGAUGCCCAGAGAAUUUAAACACACAAUUGGCCGUUUUAACCCCACAUUUACGGGUUACAUGCAACAUGACUCCCAAGAGUUACUCGCGUUUCUGCUUGAUGGUCUUCAUGAAGAUCUCAAUCGAAUUCUUAAGAAACCUUACGUUGAGCUCCCUGACUUUGACAAUAUGAGUGAUAAUGAGAUUGCCGAAUGUAGCUGGAAAUAUCACAAAGCCAGAAAUGACUCUAUAAUCGUUGAUCUCUUCCAAGGCCAGUUUAAAAGUCGAUUGGUGUGCAAUGAGUGUGACAAGGUUUCGGUUACCUUUGAUCCAUUCAUGUAUCUUUCCUUGCCAUUACCAAUCGAGAAGAAAACCAAGAUGAAAUUGGUGUACGUACCAUAUGAUCCAUCCGAAAGACCCCAACGUUUGGUCGUUACUCUCAAUAAGGAUGCCAGCAUUAGCCAUCUCCGUGUCGAGGUGGCCAAGUUAGUCAAUGUUGAGGAUCCAUCAACAUUUCUUGUGGUAGAAAUCUUCAGCCAAAAGGUCUACAAGAUAUUUGCUCAUUAUGAACCGGUUACUGGUAUUAGCCACAGUGAUGUGAUCUAUGUUUAUCAGCUCCCUGGCCCAAUUCCUUCUCCACCAAAACUAAAGCCUAGCUCUAUCAACUCUUUCAAACUGCAGAGUCUUGGCACAAUCCGAAGUCUAGAAAACGGCGCAAAUACAGAGAGUGUAGAUGGUCUAAAAGGCCUGGAGAGUCUGAAGAGUAUUGCUGGUCAAGAGAGUGUGCACAGUCUAGAGAUUUUGGAAAAUCAAAAGAAUCUGUUAAAAGAAGCAGCUGUAUCGGAUAGUCCAGCGAGUCAGAAGAGUGUGACGGAUGCUAUGUCAAAGUGCUCCACCAUAAAUUCACCACCAAAACCUACUUUGCCAGUAAUCCGUCAGGGCGAGGGUAUUUUGAUUGAAUGGAAACUGAACAAGGCUCAACAGAUAUUUGGGUCUACUCGCACUGGAGAGAGUGGUGUGAAUGCAGAUGCAUGGAAAGAUAUUGAGGAGCGUGAGGACCCAAAUAUAGUACACGAGAAAAAAGCUACCAAGACAGUGACACUUGGCGACUGCUUGGAUGAGUUUACAAAGCGUGAACUUUUGGGUGAAGAAGACCUUUGGUACUGUCCAAACUGCAAAAAGCACCAGCGUGCAACCAAAAAGUUUGAUCUUUGGCGAAUGCCCGAUAUUAUGGUGGUGCAUCUGAAGCGAUUCAACCAUUCGCGGACCUUAAGAGAUAAAAUUGAUGCUCUUAUUGAUUUCCCUACAGAAGGGCUGGACCUGACUGACCGGGUACUUGACCUUGAUGCCAACCAAGUGGGGCCAAACGAACGAUUACUAUACGAUUUAUACGCAGUAGACAAUCAUUUUGGUGGUUUGGGUGGCGGCCAUUACACAGCUUAUGCGCAGAAUGAAAAAGAUCACUUGUGGUACAAUUUUGAUGAUUCCCAUGCUAGUAAAGUGCAGGUUGGCCAAGUCAAGACCAGUGCCGCUUAUCUACUCUUCUACAAACGACGACGUAACAAGCCUGAAGAAGCACCUGAACUCGCAACAUCCGAGAAAGUAAAAGAUGCUGCAAUUGAAGUGGUUAAAAGUGCAGACAAAGAGAUAGCCAACAAGAACACUGUAGAGCAAACCACUCCUCCGUCAGGAGCUCAGUCGGAAAUAGUGGACAAAACAUUGAGCCCAGUAAAAGAAAACCAAGUACCAAAGGAAAGCGUACAAUUGGAUCAAGAUGAGAAGCAAAAUAUGAAAAAUGAACAUCUAGAGGAUCUAUCUAAUAGCAACUUAGAUUCCACUCAAAAAGCAUCUGGCACAAUAAUUACCAGUGAGAUUAAAUAGGCCUAAAAUUCCCUAAACUUUUUUCUUUUACCCAAAUUCAUAUUAUCGUUUUAACCAUUAUUUCCCUCUGUCCCUAACUAUAUUAUACACUUUCUCAACACUUCGUAAUGCAACUGCCAUUCAUUUGAUAAAAAUAAGAUUUUUCAACUAU